CUGAUGAAUGCUUAUCCCUCACUAUCUUCAUCAGCUCAAGCUCUGCGCGAGAAAUCGAACCCUAAACACUGCAAAAUCCCUCCAUGCUCAAAUCUUCAAGAUCGGGAUCAUUCAAUGUUGCCCUUUGGCCAACACGCUCGUCAACGUCUACGGAAAAUGCGGCUCUGCUUCUCAUGCUCUCAAGUUGUUCGACGAAAUGCCUCACAGAGACCACAUCGCUUGGGCCUCUGUUCUCACAGCUCUUAACCAAUCAAAUCUCUCCGGUAAGACCCUCUCGUUGUUUUCUUCUAGCAGUGGGUUGUGUCCGGAUGAUUUCGUGUUCUCGGCGCUUGUCAAAGCCUGUGCUAACUUAGGAUCUGUUAAUCACGGUAAGCAAGUUCAUUGCCGUUUCAUAGUCUCUGAGUAUUCUCAUGAUGAUGUUGUUAAGUCAUCACUUGUUGAUAUGUACGCAAAAUGCGAUUCACUCGAUAUGGCCAAAGCGGUUUUCGAUUCUAUAAGAGUGAAAAACACAAUCUCGUGGACCGCUAUGGUAUCUGGAUUUGCGAGAAGCGGAAGAAAGGAAGAGGCUUUGGAGCUUUUCAGGGAGUUACCAGCCAAGAAUCUGUAUUCUUGGACUGCAUUGAUCUCUGGUUUUGUACAGAGUGGAAAAGGGCUUGAAGCUUUUUCUGUAUUCACUGAAAUGAGGAGAGAAAGAGUCGACAUUUUGGAUCCUUUAGUUCUUUCGAGCAUUGUUGGUGCUUGUGCUAACUUGGCAGCUUCCAUAGCAGGGAGGCAGGUUCAUGGUUUGGUUAUCUCUUUAGGAUUUGAUUCUUGUGUGUUUAUCAGUAACGCUCUUAUAGAUAUGUACGCGAAAUGCAGCGACGUUAUAGCCGCAGAGGAUAUUUUCAGUAGAAUGCGUCACAGAGAUGUGGUUUCAUGGACAUCGCUUAUAGUUGGAAUGGCUCAGCACGGGCGUGCUGAGAAGGCAUUGUCCUUGUAUGAUGAUAUGGUUUCUCACGGUGUAAAGCCUAACGAGGUCACAUUCGUUGGUUUGAUAUACGCAUGUAGCCAUGUUGGUUUUGUGUCUAAAGGCCGUGAGAUUUUCCAAGCAAUGACCGAGGACUACAGGAUUCGUCCUUCCUUGCAGCAUUAUACAUGUUUGUUGGACCUUCUGGGCCGGUCUGGACUUCUUGAUGAAGCUGAGAGCUUAAUCCAUACAAUGCCGUUUCCUCCUGAUGAACCAACUUGGGCUGCUUUGCUUAGCGCUUGUAAGAGACAGGGGAAAGGUCAAAUGGGUGUAAGAAUCGCUGAUCUUCUCUUAAGCAGGUUUAAACCUAAAGAUCCUUCGACUUAUAUACUUUUAUCAAACGUCUACGCGAGUGCUUCUUCGUGGGGGAAAGUAUCAGAAGCAAGAAGGAAGCUAGGAGACAUGGAGGUUAGGAAAGAUCCAGGGUAUAGUAGCGUGGAGGUUAGGAAAGAAACCGAAGUGUUUUACGCGGGGGAAACAUCUCAUCCUCUGAAAGAAGAGAUCUUUGGAUUGCUUAGGGAGUUGGAGGAAGAAAUGAGAAGAAGAAACGGUUAUGUUCCUGAUACGAGUUGGAUCUUGCACGACAUGGAUGAGCAAGAGAAAGAGAAGCUUUUGUUUUGGCAUAGCGAGCGAUCUGCUGUUGCGUACGGAUUGCUUAAGGGAGUUCCUGGAACUCCGAUACGGAUUGUGAAAAACCUUAGGGUUUGUGGAGAUUGCCAUGUUUUUCUGAAACAUGUAAGUGAGAUUACAGGAAGAGAGAUUAUAGUUCGAGAUGCUACUAGAUUUCAUCAUUUUAGAGGAGGAAAAUGUUCCUGCAAUGACUUCUGGUAAU